UAAAUACAUGCUCGUGGUCUCCCCGCCUGUCUUCUUUCUCUUGUGUGUGCCCCCAUCAAAAGAGUGCAACUCUGUCCAAGCCAACAAAGGCAGUCUCUCCUCGCACCCCCUUUUCCUUCAUAUCGUUCAGCGAGCGCGGGAGACACGGAUCACAGCCGGUCAACAAGCAUCUAGCCACUUUUCUCCCAUACGCAGCGACCUGUAUCUGUCCUGUGCCGAGCUCUCGCAAACAAAGGAGGAUAGGUACCGCAAUCUCCUCUAGCACAUAACG